CCCAGGGGUUUGUGUGGCGCGUAGUGAAAACGACACAAGUAACGUGCAGCAUCGUGGUGAUAAUACCAAAAAGUAGUUCAUUUCCCAAACCGUCUGUUUACUUUUUUAAUCAGUCUAAACCGUAUUAUACACAACUAAACCUGGAAUGUUUAUUUUUAGAUAGAAUAACAUUCCAGUUGUUAGCUAGAUUUGAGGCUAGCAGGUGUUUAGCAUCUUGUUGUUUAGCACUUAGCCGAGUUAGCUAGCUAGCUAGCUCUGGGAAGAAAACACCGUGACAAGUGAGGUGUUUUUUAUUCAGUUUGUCUAAUUAUGGUUGUGUUAAAAAGUUUGCCUCGACCUGCUGAGGGAGUUCGGCAUCAGCAGGUAGAGACAACAGCGGUUUUAGACGGUAAAGGACUCGGCGCAGGGACGCUGUAUGUAGCUGAAGCGUGCCUGUCAUGGUUCAAUGGCUCGGGAAUGGGGUUCUCACUUGAUUAUCCCACCAUCAGCCUGCAUGCCAUCUCUCGAGACCUGAGUGCUUAUCCACAGGAACAUCUGUACGUGCUGGUUAACAAAAAACUGAACGAUGAAAACGAGGCUGAGAUGCGGGAGAAAGCUCCAGAUGACGAAGGCGAAGAGGGCAGUGAAGACGAUGAAGGUGAUGAGGAUGAGGUCAUCACAGAGAUCCGAUUUGUGCCCAGCGAUAAAACAGCUUUGGAAUCCAUGUUUUCCGCCAUGUGUGACUGCCAGGCUUUGCACCCUGAUCCUGAGGAUGCAGACUCUGACAAUGAUGAGUUUGAGGGGGAUGAGUAUGAAGAGGAAGAGACUGGCCAGGGUGACGUACCUACCUUCUACACAUAUGAAGAAGGUUUGUCACACUUGACCGUUGAGGGCCAGGCCACGCUGCAAAGACUCGAAGGGAUGCUCGCUCAGUCUGUCACACAACAGUUUCACAUGGCCGGAGUUCGUACUGAUGAGCCGUCAGCUGAGUUUGAAGAUGGAAUGGAGGUCGACCCAAAAUCAGCAGUAGCUGGGCAGUUUGAUGAUGCUGAUGUUGAUCACUGAUGCAGUAUAUUUCACAGCUGUAACUGAAGCACUUAAGGGGCUUUGAGUGACCAGGACUCGUUCAGGAAGCCGUCUUCUCCUGUCUGCUUCCCACGUUAAGUGGAGCUGCUGAAUUUCAACCCAGGUUUCCCCAUGCCAGCUCCAUUUGUUACUGUGUUCUGUUUUGUAUUCGUCCUUCAGACCAAAUAAUAAGUGCUCUCUAAAACUUGUAUUUGUAAGAAAUAUCAUGUAAUAAAAUGUUGUUUUUUUGUAUAAAGCUCUUGUAAAAGAU